AUGGAUGGGAGAAAGGACCAGCCACCCUCUAGUGCGGCAGCGAAGUGUGAUGAAUUUAAACGGCCUGUGUUAAGUUGUAUCAAAAGCCUGUUACUAGGCCUCCAUGACGGGAAGCGAAAGCUAACACUUGCGUUCGACCUCUCAGUUAGCAGCCGCUCCUGCUCGAAAGCACUGUUGGAGCAGACACAUCGCAUUCAUCGGUUGGAGUGUCAGUGGGAGUAUCGAGGCAGUGGUCACAUCCAUCUGAGUCAUGACGCAGGACGGAUGGUGCUGGGUUGGAGGUUUACCGCACUUCCCCACUUUCGUCAGUCUCGCUCUGUGGCUCACCUCAACGUGCAAGGUGAACCCAGCUCUGCCAUCCCCUUCAUCCCCCACACCAUGUUGGCGCUCUUCUGUGGGAGUUCUCCAACUCAGACUAAGUUGAUAGACAUACAGCUGUUUGGAAUCGAAAUAUGCACGGCCCAUGACCCAGAGAGAUGGUGGUGUGCUGUCGAGCGUGGCGGUGAUCGCUCUGACGUUAAUCUCCUGAUUCGCAACCGCCACGUCCUCCUGAAGAGGGAGCCACAGGGCGAGAUGGGUACACUACGGGAGAAGGAGCGGAGUCGGCAUCUCUUGACUGUUGGUGCUACUUGGGCAAUUGAUGUGGAAAAGGACCUUGGAAUCCCCGGCCGCGGAGGAAUCAAUUUAACUGAAACAUUAUACUUUUAUAGAUUUCAUUGUUUGAAGGUUUGUGUCUGUUUUGUUCUAUACUUCACUGUCUCGUGUUUGACAGGUGCCCAGCUGCUGUUUAGACCACUGUUAAAUAAGUAUGAGACAGAGACAAUAGAAAACCAGAAUUUAUACCUCGUUGGUGCCUCCCACAUCAGACUGUUACUUGGGGCAGAAGCAGUAGGACUGGUGAAGGAGUGUGCAGACGCUGCCAUGCGGGCCUUCACCUACAGAACCCGCCACAACUUUAAAGGCUUCCACGAUAACAAUGAGGACUUCCUCACAAUGGCCGAGUGUCAGUUCAUUAUCAAACAUGAACUUGAGAAUCUUAGAGCUAGAGAUGAGAAGAUGAUCCCUGGUUACCCCCAGGCCAAACUGUACCCCGGGAAGUCACUGAUGAGGAGAUUGCUCACGUCCGGCAUCGUGACCCAGGUGUUUCCAUUGCAUGACAGUGAGGCCCUGAAGAAGCUUGAGGACAGCUGGUAUACGCGGUUUGCUCUGAAGUAUCAGCCCAUAGACAACAUCCGUGCCUACUUUGGGGAGACAAUUGCUCUGUACUUCGGGUUCUUGGAGUACUUCACCUUUGCCUUAAUCCCCAUGGCCGUCAUUGGGCUGCCCUACUACCUGUUUGUGUGGGAAGACUAUGACAAGUACGUCAUCUUUGCCUCGUUCAACCUCAUCUGGUCCACAGUGAUCCUGGAGGUGUGGAAACGUGGCUGUGCCAACAUGACCUACCGCUGGGGGACACUAGUCAUGAAGAGGCAGUUUGAGGAGCCCCGGCCCGGGUUUCACGGAGUCCUGGGCAUCAAUUCUGUCACCGGCAGGGAGGAACCGCUCUAUUCCAGCUACAAGAGACAACUGCGCGUCUACCUGGUCUCCCUGCCGCUUGUGUGCCUCUGCCUCUAUUUCUCCCUCUACGUCAUGAUGGUAUACUUUGACAUGGAGGUCUGGGUCUUGAGUCUCCACGAGGACAGUGAGUCCGUGUGGACCAGCCUCCUGCUGUAUGUGCCCAGUGUUGUUUAUGCCAUUGUGAUUGAGAUCAUGAACCGCCUCUAUCGAUAUGCUGCUGAGUUCUUAACAUCUUGGGAGAAUCACAGAUUGGAAUCUGCCUACCAGAAUCAUCUUGUCCUGAAAGUGUUGGUGUUCAACUUUCUGAAUUGUUUUGCCUCGCUCUUCUACAUUGCCUUUGUCUUGAAGGACAUGAAGCUUUUGCGCCAGAGCUUGGCCACACUCCUGAUUACCUCCCAGAUCCUCAACCAAGUUGUAGAAUCUCUUCUUCCUUACUGGCUCCAACGGAAGUAUUGCGCAAAAGUGAAGAGGAAGGUGCAGGCUUUAAAGGCGGAUGUUGAUACCACCUUGUAUGAGCAGGUCCUCCUGGAGAAGGAGAUGGGAACUUACCUGGGAACCUUCGAUGAUUAUUUGGAGUUGUUCCUGCAGUUUGGCUAUGUGAGCCUUUUCUCCUGUGUUUACCCAUUAGCAGCUGCCCUUGCUGUGUUAAAUAACUUCACUGAAGUCAACUCAGAUGCCUUGAAAAUGUGCAGGGUCUUCAAACGACCAUUUGCAGAACCUUCAGCCAGUAUUGGUGUAUGGCAGUUGGCUUUUGAGACAAUGAGUGUUAUAUCUGUGGUCACUAACUGUGCUCUGAUUGGAAUGUCACCACAAGUGAAUGCAGUCUUUCCAGAAUCCAAAACGGACCUGGUUCUGAUCGUGGUGGCCGUGGAGCAUGCCCUCUUGGCUUUGAAGUUCAUACUUGCAUUUGCCAUCCCUGAUAAACCACGGCACAUCCAGAUGAAACUGGCCAGAUUGGAAUUCGAAUCUUUGGAAGCACUCAAGCAGCAGCAAAUGAAGCUGGUGGCAGAAAGCCUGAAGGAGGAGUCCCAGGAAGAGGAGAAGGAAGCUACCUGAGUCAGCGUGCGGCCGUCUGUCCCCAGCCUCCACUGAGGAACCUGCGUCACACCUGCACAGGGCGGGGAUACCAGCCUGAUCUCAGGCCAGAUGCCUGGCUGUGGGAAGUGGCUGAAACACAGUGGGCACACUUACCCUGCAAGGUCUGGCUCCAUGGGAGAAGAGGCUGGGACUCUUGGUAGCUCCCUGGUGCCCUCUCACCUGGACCCUCCCAGGCCCCACACACCCCUCCAGCUGCCUCACUUUGCUCCAGAGCCUUGGCUACCCUUGGACUUCAUCCCUGAGGGGUCACCAGCUUCCCACAUGGCACCCAUAGUAGGUACCAGUCACUUCCAGCCCCACCAGGGCCCUAUGAUGGGGUGGUGGCUUAGGGUCUGUGUGCAUUAUACCAGUUCACAGGAGCCAUGCAGAGGGGGUCCCCACACCUGACUCUCUCUGGUUCUGUAUGCAGUGUGUUAACAGACUCUAACUGAGCUAUUAAAGUCAGCCCUCUCCUCUCCUGA